AUAAACAACCCAAAAACAUCAUCGUUUCCGGUUUGGUGCUCAUGUGCAACAUGCCGGUUGAUACUAGACGUAUCCGUGGACCGGAGGUAUCACAGUCUCCGUUAUUAUUUCUCGCUCCGGUGCCACAGACGGCUGGAGGCGGCGGCGGCGGCAGACGGGGCGCGCGAGGAAACGGUGAUGUUCGCCCGGUGUUCUCGCGCUGUGGUCUCGUGAGCCAGGCCAAGGGUUCUGCGUACCUCGAGUCCGGUAACACGAAGAUCAUCUGCUCGGUGUUCGGUCCGCGCGAAGCCGAGCGCAAGGACGAGACCGACAUGAAAACCGGACGCCUCGCGUGCGACUUCCGUCUGGCGCCGUUUUCGUGCCCGAAGCGCGGCGCCUGGAUGCAGAGCGCAGAGGAGCGCGACGUGUCCACGGCGCUAACGGAGAGCCUGCAGCCCGGCGUGUGCCUGCACCGGUACCCACGCGCACAGAUCGACGUGAACGUCGUAGUGCUGGAGAACGACGGGUCCGUUCUGGCGCACGCGGUGACGUGCGCGUCCAUGGCGCUGGCGGACGCAGGGAUCGAGAUGUACGACACGGUGCUGGGCUGCGCGCUGAGGCAGGACGGAGACCGGUGUCUCGUGGACCCCGACCUGAAGGAGGAGGAGGAGAUGGAACAGGGCAGUAAAGAAAACCAGGGACGUGUCACGGUGGCUCUUCUACCCAACCUCAACCAGAUCUCCGGGCUGCAGGCGGACGGCGAGAUGCGCGAGGACACGAUAACGGCGGCCGUUAGAACGUGUAUGGACGGCUGUCACAAGCUGUACCCGGUGGUGCAACACGCCAUCCUCAGGGCAGUGAAACAGAAAGCACCUCCACCACCAGAAAAAUGACUCCUUCUGUCUCCCUUUAAUCAGAGUUCACUUUUGUACCGUGAUUUGAUUUCCAACAAUUCUGAAAGAUUCAAUAAAAAAAGUUUCACACCUUCA